GAGCCCGCUGAAACCCUGCAGCUUCAUUUCCAGCUGGGUCCUCUGGAUGCUGGGGCGACCGCUUUAAGGAGGUGCAGGACCAUGAGAGGAAGAUGCCUCGAGACAGUCUGAUCACCUCUGAGAGUGACAGUGACAAGGAUGAAUUUUCCGAUCACCCAGAGGAACACGAGAGGGAAAGACGCCGAGGAAAAAGAAGGAAGGGUGACAGAGAAAAAAAGAAGAGAGGACAUGGGAAGAGAAGAAGAGCAUCGAGAUCAAGAGAAAGAGAGGAGGAAGUACAAGCCCGGCCUGACAAAAGAGAGAGGGAGAGGAGGGGGAGAGCAAAGAGCGAUCGAGAAACAGGAGGAAGAGAGAGAGAUGAGGAGGGGCAGGCCAAAAUAAAAAGUCGUAAGGUGGCAAAAACAAAGAAGAACAUCAAAAAUGAAAAAACAAAAAAACUUGACCAGGAGGAGGAAGAGUCUGAAGACAGAAAUGCCAAGGGAAAAAAGAAACAUAGAAGUGCCAAAAAGGAGGAGAAAGAAGAGGACGGAGGAGGACGCAGAGAAAAGGAGAAAACAAAGGAAGUGAAGAAGAAAAAGCACAAGAAAGUAGUCGAAACAAGUUCAGAGCAGGAGACGAGCGAGCUAGAAGACGAUGUAGAGGAGGACGAUGAAGAGAAAGAGGUGAGGCCGGAGUCUCUGACACCGGAGGAGCUGGAGAGGCUGAAGGAGGCAGUGGACGACAGGAAGAAACUGAUCCAAGGUCUGAGGGGGAAACCCUGGCCGAUGAAAAAGAAACUAGUGACGUUGCGGGAGUCUCAGCAGUUUGUGGAGAAAUAUGAGGGCGCCUUGGGGAAAGGAAAAGGCAGGAAGCUUUAUGCGUACAAGGUCCUGAUGACCAAGAAAUGGAUGAAGUUUCAGCGAGACUUUGAAAACUUCAGAACAGCCUGCAUUCCAUGGGAGAUGAAAAUCAAGGAAAUUGAAAGUCAUUUUGGCUCCUCGGUUGCCUCUUACUUUAUCUUCCUGAGGUGGAUGUACGGCAUCAACAUGAUCUUGUUCGGUCUGACCUUUGGUCUUGUUAUGGUGCCGGAGGCAUUAAUGGGGCGACCUUAUGGCAGCAUCCCAAGAAAGACCGUCCCCAGGGCUGAGGAGGCCAGUGCCAUGGACUUUGCUGUCUUAUGGGACUUUGGAGGCUACGCUCAGUACUCAGUCCUCUUCUAUGGUUACUACAACAACCAGCGUGCUAUUGGCUGGCUCAAGUUCCGUAUGCCUCUGUCAUACUUCCUGGUUGGUGUAGGAACGGUGGCCUAUAGUUAUAUGGUGGUCAUAAGAACGAUGGCCCGCAAUGCAAAUGAAUCCGGGGUUGGAGAUGAUAACAGCUUUAACUUCAGCUGGAAGGUGUUCACCAGCUGGGACUACCUGAUAGGAAACCCCGAAACUGCAGACAAUAAGUUUGCUUCCAUCACCACCAGUUUCAAGGAGGCAAUACUAGAGGAGCAAGAGAGCUGCAAGGAUGACAAUAUCCAUCUGACUCGUUUUCUGCGUGUGCUGGCCAACUUCCUGGUGCUGUGCUGCUUAGCAGGAAGCGGAUACCUCAUCUACUUCGUAGUGCGUCGCUCUCAGAAGUUCGCCCUGGAUGGACUGGAGAAUCACACCUGGUGGGAGAGGAAUGAGGUGAACAUGGUGAUGUCAUUACUGGGGAUGUUCUGCCCCAUGCUGUUUGACGUCAUCAGUGCCCUGGAGAACUACCACCCCCGUGUCGCCCUGCAGUGGCAGCUGGGUCGCAUCUUCGCCCUCUUCCUGGGAAAUCUCUACACCUUCAUCAUCGCCCUCAUGGAUGAGAUCAAUCUCAAAAGGGAAGAAGAAAAUAUAGUGAAGUUUAAUAUAACUACGUGGGAAGCCAGUUUUUACAAUGGAACAGAAUCAGAAAACAGCACUAGUCUACCCUUCACUGUGCAACCUGCUGAUGUGCCCAGAGGGCCCUGCUGGGAGACCAUGGUGGGGCAGGAGUUUGUCCGCCUGAUCAUAUCUGAUACCAUGACAACCUACAUCACACUGCUGAUUGGUGAUUUCCUAAGAGCAGUGCUUGUUCGUUUUCUCAACUACUGCUGGUGCUGGGACCUGGAGGCCGGAUUUCCGUCUUACUCUGAGUUUGAUGUCAGUGGGAACGUCCUGGGCCUGAUCUUUAAUCAAGGCAUGAUAUGGAUGGGUGCUUUCUAUGCCCCCUGCCUGCCCGCUCUGAACGUCCUUCGCCUCCACGUGUCCAUGUACCUGCAGUGCUGGGCCGUCAUGUGCUGUAAUGUCCCUCAGGAAAGGGUCUUCAAGGCCUCUGGCUCCAACAACUUCUACAUGGCCAUGUUGCUGGUCAUCCUCUUCUUGUCCACUCUGCCUGCCAUCUACACCAUCGUCACCAUCCCGCCUUCCUUUGACUGUGGACCUUUCAGUGGGAAAAAACGCAUGUUUGAUGUGAUCCAGGAGACGCUGGAGUCGGACUUCCCUGCCUGGUUCAGUAAAGUGUUCAGCUAUGCCUCCAACCCCGGGCUGGUGCUACCCUUCAUACUGCUGAUGGUACUGGCCAUUUAUUACCUGCAGUCCACAUCCAAAAGCUACAAAGAAGCUAAUGUGGAACUGAAGAAAAAACUACAAACGCAAAAUGAGGAGAACAAGAAGAAGAACAAACGAGCAGCACUGAAGGCACAAAUGGAUCUCGAGGAGGCGAGGAAAGCUGCAGAGCAACAGCAGAACAAUAAUGCCUCACUGCAAGACCGAGAAGCAGAUGUAGAGGCAAACCAUGGCAGCAGUCAGAGGCUGUCUCAUGGUAAAAAUGGAUGUAAACCUCCUCCUCUUGUUAGAGACCAGGAAGUUCCAGCCACCAGAGCCCCUGUCCCCAGGACCUAUCACCAUGACAACCACGGGGCUCCUGGGUACCUGCCCAGUUUUUCUCGGCAAAGUGAACACAGGAUGUACCGGGUGCCGAGCCUGCAGAGACACUGAGGGAGUGAAAAACAGCAUGAUAUCAUAUUGAAACCAAGCACCUUAUAGAGAAAGUCAUGUCCAGAUGUUCAGAACACUAAA